AGUACGAUUCAAAGCACCGUGGAAGGCGCAUUGGUAAAGUCGUUAAUUCCAAGUUGCAUAUAGAUAUAGUCGUAUUACUUUGUGUCUUUAACGAAACGACUUGUAGCAGUGAAUUUGCUCCAAAUUGUGGCAUUUGGUGGGUGAGUUCACACGUGGUUGAAUGAUCGGGCUUACAUGCGUUUAGCACGACCCACGUAUUUUCCGUCCGUAUAGUGGUGCUAGUUGAUCGAACCUAAGAGGCGCGAUCACACACAAGAAAUCAACGAGAAAGAAAGAGAAGAGUUACAGGGGAAGAAAAGGGCGGCACACGCACGAAAAAAGAAGCGAUCGAGUGAACGGAACAGAGAGAAAGAUCGGGGACAAGAUACGAAAUUGCGAGGGCAGCCGAAGACCGUGAGACGAAGAGGGAAACUAGUUAAGGAGUAAGAUAGAAAGAGACAGCAACAGAAAUCUCAUUUCGACCGAGUAACUAGCCACAAGCAAGAUGAGCUGCUGCACGAGUGCUCCGAUUGUAACCCAAACCUGUGAGACUCUUCUGAGCAAGUGCGAAGUGCCGAUCAUCGACCUCGCUCACAUGGAUGUGAAGUUCAGACAUAUGGGACGGCUGCCUGGCCUCCGUCACCCUCAACUGUGAAAAGAGAAAGCGUCAACACUUGAGGGUGUCGUAUAAAUUUAAUGCCCUCUUCCGUACGGUGUUCUGGGCUUAACGGGCCCCGACGUUUUACGUAUGUGACGCUUGAUAUUUUCGAGUAUCUGUACAAUCCCCGAAGGACUGAGAGAUGUCCUCAGAAGGGUGUCGUGAAGCAAGUAGCUUCGAAGCUGCUAAGGGCGCUGUCCGAGAAAGGACUGGCCUUGCUCGUCAACCACGGCAUUCCAGAAUGCAAGAUGAAAGCAGCUUACAGAGCUUUUGAUGCAUUCUGCGAACUCCCAGAGGAAAUGCGAACCAAGUACGAACGCAAUGAGAGCAACUACGGAUACGUGAAACCAGGACCAUCAAAAUACACCGAUGAGAAAGAAGCUCGACAUGUUUUCAAUGUGACCGGACGCGGACCUCUUCCGGACGAGGAAAUACCUGGUUUCAAAUCGGCGGUCGACGAACUUGCUCGUGAUUUCAAGCAACUAUCCGCAAUGCUUUUAACUGCUCUGGCCGUGGGCCUAGAGCAAUCCCCUGAUUUCCUGCUGUCGAAGCAUUCGCGCAUGCUGGGACCUGGUAACGAGUCGACCCUUCGUCUUCUUUACUAUCCUCCUCUUGGUGCACCAGCGCCAGGAUUGGCUCGUUGUAGCGCUCAUUGCGAUUAUGGAACUUUCACUUUGUUAGCACAGGAUUGCGAAGGUGGUCUAGAAAUACAGACUCCUCAUGGUGAACGAUGGGGAAGAGUCGGUCAUCUCCCAGGUGCAAUUUUGGUGAAUACCGGGGACAUAUUAGCGAACUGGACAAACAAUCAAUUACCAGCAUUAAGACACCGAGUUGUUGUACCAGAACAUUGUGGUCGAGGUCGUCAUUCCAUUGCAUUUUUCGUGCAUCCAGAUACUAAUACUCUUAUCGAACCUUUAGAUACAAAAAUCGCACAAGCCAACCAAGAACCAGCACUGUGCCGUUUACAGAAAAAGAAACGCGGUGUUAUGACUGCGUAUCACCAUAUUCAACGUCGACUUCGAGAAACUUAUGCUUCUUAACGGUGUUGACACAAUUAUAUUUUUUUGUUUCUGGAUAAAAAUGUCUUAACUUAUCGUUGAAAUUUGAGCAGAAGAAGACUUGAAAUUUUUAAAUACCAAUGUAACAUGAUCAAUUCUUAUGAUUCUAUGACAUUAUACGUUUUUUUUUUUUUUUUUUUUUUUUUUUUUUUUUUAAAGAAGCUAAUACACCAAUAAGAGACAAAAUAAUCAACUACUGAUUGUGAUAAAAUGGCUCAUCCAUAUCUGUUUCAAACAAAGGAAAAGUUCCAUCAAUAAAGUGCAAGAACUACAAUGUUGCACCAUGAAGGCAAUAAUAAAGAAAUUUGUACUUACAUUUUGUAAAAAUCCAUUUUAUAUAAAUAAUUUAAUAUGCCAUUAAUAAAACGGAAGACAGGUCAGUGA